UCAGUAUGUAUUAGCUUUUUUUUCUCAUUUCCAGCACCCAAAAUAUGUCUAAAUAAAGAACCCAUCAACUGUCUUAACCAUGCUUCGCGUGCUCUGGAAAACGGGGAGUGUCUGUGGAGUCUUGCUUUCUUGCAAAUUGAAUGAAUCCAGUACAUGUAACGAGCAGCUCUCGUGUGCCUGGCCACUGGGCCAGACAGUGAUGACCUGCACAGGUUCGUGGCCUCCAGGGGUGGAGGCCGCAAGGGUAGGCGGCCCUGGCCCGCAGAGUGGCCCCAGGCUCCGCACGCGCAUCCUCAGCCCCCGGCCGCCGCCAGGGGGCGCGCUCCGACCUCCGGCACCAGGCGGUCUGGCGGCGAGGGUCUGGGUGCUCCCAGCUCGGCCUUGGGGCCGCGUCUCGGGGAGGCGGCCCAGCCGGUCUGUGGGGAGGCGGGGGACAAGCGGCCUUGGCGGGGACACGGGCCCCUGCCCGGGCGGCCGCGAAGCGAAGGCGGGAGGGGGCGCUGCGGGCCGAGCGGGCGCGACGCGGAGGAAGGGCCAUCUUGCCGCCGCCUCGGCUGCGCCAGGGGCCGCGAUGUCGUCCCGGCCGCGGCGCGACGACGCGGGGGCCGCGGGCGCACGGCGGCAGCGGGAGCCGCCGGAGCAGGAGCUGCAGCGGCGCCGGGAGCAGAAGCGGCGACGGCACGACGCGCAGCAGCUGCAGCAGCUCCAGCACCUGGAGUCCUUCUAUGAAAAACCUCCUCCUGGGCUUAUCAAGGAAGAUGAGACUAAGCCAGAAGACUGUAUACCAGAUGUGCCAGGCAAUGAACAUGCCAGGGAGUUUCUGGCUCAUGCACCAACUAAAGGCCUUUGGAUGCCGCUGGGGAAGGAAGUCAAAGUUAUGCAGUGUGAGUAUGGAAGAGUUUCAGGUUGGCGUUGUAAACGGUAUGGUCACCGAACAGGUGACAAAGAAUGUCCUUUCUUCAUCAAAGGCAACCAAAAGUUAGAACAGUUCAGAGUAGCACAUGAAGAUCCUAUGUAUGACAUCAUAAGAGAGAAUAAAAGACAUGAAAAGGAUAUAAGGAUACAACAGUUAAAACAGUUACUGGAGGAUUCUACCUCAGAUGAAGAUGCGAGCAGCUCCAGUUCCUCAGAAUGCAAAGAGAAACUUAAGAAAAAGAAGAAGAAAGGAAAGCAAAAGAAAAGGAAGAAAGAAAAGAAAAAGAAGAAAAAACGGAAGCAUAAGUCUUGCAAGUCAAAUGAGAGUUCGGACUCAGACUGAUAAGGACUUGACUUGUGUGGCAUUCUCAUCUCAGCAAUCAAACACUGUGGCCAAAGAGCAGAGGCAUGGGGGUCGGAGAAGAAAAGGAGGGACGCUGAGAGGACCUUUGGUGUCGGCCUGUGAGCUCUCACGUCCUCCAGCACAGAUGUGACCCACAGGGGAGGCAGGGAUCCUCCCAGGUGCCAGCUGUGCACAGGGGCCGAUUUCAGGCAGGAGUGCCUUCGUCAGUGUCCUCCUCCCUGCUCAUCUGCAGCUUGUGAUUCCUUUGGAACGGCUCUGCCAAGGGUGGCUGGACAAAGGGAGUCUCUGGGGAGCUCCAGGCGCUGCCACAGCCAUCACCCUCCUGACAGGCGGCUUGACUUCAGUCCCAGACUUCAGCUUGGCCUUUUCUCUGUGGUUGAAGGUAAUAAAAGCUCCUUAUUAUAUUUAUUUCAAAAAA